AAGUUGUUAGUCGCAGAAGUAGUACGAUACCCGCUGUAUGCAUGUUUUGACCAGAGAAGGUUCAGUAAACAUUAUUGAUAAUCAAGCAACAGUUGUCCAUGUGCUGUCCCGGCUGAAAGUCACUUAUUCUCGGAUAACUGAACCACCAGCUGCCACUGAUACAACGGAGCACCAUGCGGAGCACCAUGCGGAGCACUGUAGCCGGCUUCACAAAGCUCUGUAGCGGCUAAAACAACUAGCAACUGCCACUCAGCGUCAUGGAGCUGCCAGUCACAUAAGGAGUAACAAAGGUGGACUUUACCUGCCAGUUACAUAAGGAUUUUCAAAGGUGGACUUUACCUGCCAGUCACAUAAGGAGUAACAAAGGUGGACUUUACCUGCCAGUUACAUAAUUAUUUUUUUUUUUUAACUUCCUCCCCAAGCUCACUGGAAGAAAGCUACUUGUGCCAAACCUGGGUUGUUACUCAGCUCUAUUUUAACAUGUACUGCUAAUUUUAACAUGUAAUAGCCAUCUAAAUUAAGGCUCUUUAACUUUUCCCCAAAGGACUGCAAUGUGUUUUGAGUUGAACUCAUGCACACUGUGGAGAUAAUUCCCAAGUGGCUGACAUUUUUUUAAAUGUGCGUAUGUUAAAGCCCAAAGCUUCUGAAAAAAAGAAGAAGACUAUUUUCACUUUGUAAUGGUUAAAAAGAACACAUCAUGGUAUGGAACAUGGCAGUUAAACCUGUUGGGAAUAAAAUGUUAAUGCCCAGCACAUCUGGAAAAGGGGAGUGGCUGGAGUACUUCUGACUGAGCCUCCAAUUACAUUAUAUAAAGAGAAACCGGUUUGCUUGUGUGAGAAAAACUACAGCAGAGAAACCAGCAGCAUUUAUCAUGUCAUUUGAUCCGCACAAGAUCUCUCGAGCAGAACUGUUUGACUUCCAUGGCGUCUCAAUGACUCACUUUUACACAGACAACUGGGAGAACGUCCAAAACUUUCAGGCCAGGCCAGAUGAUAUACUUAUUGCAACAUACCCCAAAGCAGGAACCACAUGGGUCUCCUACACCCUCGACCUGCUGUAUUUUGGUCAGACAGAGCGUCAGACAUCCACCCCAAUCUUUGAUAGAGUGGCUUUCUUGGAGAGCACCAUCUCGCCUUUGGGUCCAGGAAAAGACUUGGCGGACAACCUCCCCACCUCUCCUCGACUCAUUAAAACUCACUUGCCAGUCCAGUUUGUGCCAAAGUCCUUUUGGGAGCAAAACUCCAGGAUAGUCUACGUGGCCCGCAAUGCCAAAGACAACAUGGUGUCUUAUUUUCAUUUUGAUCGCAUGAUCAGGACUCAGCCAGAGCCUGGAGAAUGGAGCAGCUACUUCCACAGAUUCAUGGAGGGAAAGAUGGUGUUUGGAUCCUGGUAUGACCAUGUGAACGGCUGGUGGAAGAAGAAACAGACUCACUCCAAACUCCAUUACAUGUUCUACGAAGAUCUGAGUGAGGAUACUGGACGGGAAAUAGACAACCUCUGCUCUUUUCUCGGAUUGUACCGUUCGGACGAGGAGAAGAAACGAGUUGCAAGUGGAGUGCAGUUUGAUAAAAUGAAAAAUGACGACACAACCAACUAUUCUACGCACUGUGCUAUGGAUUUCAAAAUUUCUCCCUUCAUGAGAAAAGGGAAGGUUGGUGACUGGAAGAACCAUUUCACUGUGGCCCAGAGUCAACAGUUUGAUGAAGACUACGAGAAAAAGAUGAAGAAUUCCACACUUCAGUUCCGCACUGAAAUUUGAACAGGGCUGAAAAGGCUGUGGAUUUAAAGAUGGAUCAAUGACGUUGAUGGUGUGAUGACCCCACACACUCUUUGGUGGCUCUUUGUGAAUGAAUAUAUGAAUCAGUGAAUGGUUUAUUACUUAAUUGUUUGUUUUCGUGUCUGGCCGCUUAACACGGCUCAUCCAUUAUAGGAUUAUUCAGAUACAUUUUAAAUAAACACUUUCCUAGUGCUGACACAAAACUUAAUACAGUAUGUACAUAAAGGGUACAAGUAUAACAUUUACAAUUCAACAAAAGAACAGAUAAAUACAAGGUAAAUACAAGUUGGGCACUAACAUAAAGUUAACAUUUCAACAUAAAACCCUUUCAGACCAGAAUAAACUAUAGUGAAAUA